CUCCAGUGUGGCCCGGAAGCUGCGGGAAGAAAUUUGGGACUCAUCCUUCGGGGAACGUGUGCGCAGGCGUAGCUCCGGCUUGGACCCAGAGUUUGCAUCUCUGGGCUGGCCUUGGUCGGAGUCCAUGUUCUUGAGACGGAGCCUCCUCUCUAAGCAGGUUGUACAGACUUGGAAGCAAUGGCCACCUUGUUCCUGACAGCCAAGUACCAGGAAUCAGUGACAUUCAAGGAUGUGGCUGUAAACUUCACCCAGGAGGAAUGGGGACAACUGACUCCUGCUCAGAGGGACCUCUACAGGGACGUGAUGCUGGAGAACUAUAGAAACCUCAUCUCACUGGGAUUUUCUAUUUCUAAACCUGAUGUGAUCUUCAAAUUGGAGCAAGGGAAAGACCCAUGGAUAUUUAACCUACAGAGAUCUGAAGAAGACAUGCCAAAAGACUCUCUAGAUUGGAAGAGUAGGCCUAAACCAAGGCAUCAGCUCCAAAGAAGAGUAUUUCUGAAAGAGAAUUCUCAGCGACAUUAAGGAAAGACUAAGAAGGGGUCUUCUACAUCCUGCUUCAAGAGUUUAUAUACCUGAG